AUGCACGAAGCACCGCUGUGGAGACCCGUGCAACUCCAGGAACUUUGGCAUCGCAGCCGCAUGGCCUCCAGCGGCUCGGCUUACCCGGAGGCGGGGCACCGGAGAGGCUGUUGGUUGCAGCUGUUGGUUGCAGCUGUUGCAAAGUUCAUGGCAAUUCACGAGGAGAAUCUGUGGACAGGCGGACGAAGCAGCAGCGAAAAGCUGUCAAGAUCUGAGAUUUUUGAAUUUGCUCAGCGGGCUACAGGCAAGCACAUCCAUCAGGCGGCCAAGGAGGGCAACGUGGGUGCCGUGAGGCACUUCCUGCGUGUCGACCCCGAGAGCCUGGAGAGGAAGGAUGGAGAAGGCUGCAGCCUCGGAACUGGUGUUGGAAGAUACGAAGCAGAUCCAGGCGAGACGCCGCUGCAUAGGGCGGCUCUGCACGGCCGUGCCGCCGUGGUCGAGCAGCUGAUCUCUGCGGGGGCCAAGGUGGACGCGGUCGACAACGACGGCCGUGGCCUCGGCGAGACGCCACUGCAUUGGGCGGCUGAGUACGGCCGUGCCGCCGUGGUCGAGCAGCUGAUCUCUGCGGGGGCCACGGUGGACGCGGCCGAUAGAAACGGCCGUGGCCUCGGCGAGACGCCGCUGCAUCGGGCGGCUCAGAACGGCCACGCCGCCGUGGUCGAGCAGCUGAUCUCUGCGGGGGCCACGGUGGGCGCGGCCAGCAGCGCUGAGGCAACAGCGGCAACAGCUGCAACAGCGGCAACAGCUGCAGCAGCUGCAACAGCGGCAACAGCUGCAACAGCUGCAGCAGCUGCAACAGCGGCAACAGCUGCAACAGCUGCAACAGCCGCAACAGCUUCCAGAUCUGUUGGGCCGCAUGCUGCUAGCUCUACACAGGCGUUGCUGGGAAUGGUGUUGUUUUGUUGGACCAUGCUUGCCGCCGUGGUCGAGCAGCUGAUCUCUGCGGGGGCCGCAGUGGACGCGGCCGACGCAUUUGGCCGUGGCCCCGGAAGGGUUUCGAGUUGUUUUGGGAGUGGCUCUGGCGACGUGAUGGAAGGGGUUUGCCUGACGGCGCUGCAGGGGGCUGCUUGGAACGGCCAUGCCGCUGUGGUCGAGCAGCUGGUCUCUGCGAAGGCCAAGGUGGACGCGGCCAACAACGACGGGGUGACGGCGCUGCAAUGUGCGGCUCACAAAGGCCAUUGCGACGUGGUCGAGCAGCUGAUCUCUGCGAAGGCCACGGUGGACGCGGCCAACGACGACGGCUGGACGCCGCUGCAUUGGGCGGCUGAGAACGGCCACGCCGCCGUGGUCGAGCAGCUGAUCUCUGCGGGGGCCACAGUGGAUGCGGCCAACAACGACGGCCGUGGCCCCGGAAGGGUUUUCGGGUCGUUUUGGGAGUUGCCCUGGCGAGGCCGAACGCCCUACGACCUGGCAAAGUGGUAUGACCAGCGCCAGGUGAUGGGGCUCCUGCACCCGGUCUUUGUGGCUCUGGUGAGUGGCCGAAGCUGCCGUUGCGAUUCCUCACAGGAGCGAACUGUGUUGGAGUUGAAGGAAGAGGCUGAGCGCCUUGGCACAGAGAUGAACUCCGAGAUGACAGGGAGCCACAGGGCGCUGGUUUCUUGCGUGUCUAGGGGUUUCAGGAAUCAUCAUUCGAGAGUAACAUGA